CUCAACCAGAUCGGCGUGGAGAACACGGAGGAGAGCCGCCGGCAGUACCGCCAGGUCCUGUUCAGCGCCGACAGCCGGGUGAAGAAGUGCAUCGGGGGCGUCAUCUUCUUCCACGAGACCCUGUACCAGAAGGGCGACGACGGCACCCCCUUCGUGCAGAUGAUCAAGGACAAGGGCAUCGUCGUGGGCAUCAAGGUGGACAAAGGCGUUGUGCCGCUGGCCGGGACUGACGGGGAGACCACGACUCAAGGUCUGGACGGGCUGUCGGAGCGCUGCGCCCAGUACAAGAAGGACGGCGCGGACUUUGCCAAGUGGCGCUGCGUGCUGAAGAUCAGCGAGCACACGCCCUCCGCCCUCGCCAUCCUGGAGAACGCCAACGUCCUGGCACGCUACGCCAGCAUCUGCCAGCAGAAUGGCAUCGUGCCCAUCGUGGAGCCAGAGAUCCUGCCUGACGGGGACCAUGACCUGAAGCGCUGCCAGUACGUGACUGAGAAGGUGCUGGCUGCUGUGUACAAGGCACUGAGCGACCAUCACGUGUACCUGGAGGGCACGCUGCUGAAGCCCAAUAUGGUGACCCCGGGCCACUCCUGCCCCACCAAGUACAGCCCUGAGGAGAUUGCCAUGGCCACUGUCACCGCGCUGCGCCGCACUGUGCCACCCGCUGUGCCAGGGGUCACCUUCCUGUCUGGGGGCCAGAGCGAGGAGGAGGCGUCCAUCAACCUCAAUGCCAUCAACAACUGUCCCCUGGCCCGGCCGUGGGCCCUGACCUUCUCCUAUGGCCGCGCGCUGCAGGCCUCGGCCCUCAGUGCCUGGCGUGGGCAGCGGGACAACGAGAACGCGGCCACCGAGGAGUUCAUUAAACGCGCCGAGGUGAACGGCCUGGCAGCUCUAGGCAAGUACGAGGGCAGCGGAGAGGACUCAGGCGCCGCGGGGCAGUCCCUGUACGUGGCUAACCAUGCCUACUGAGCUGGCCGGCGCCAGCCCGCCACUCCCCACCGCUCCCUUCCGUGUCCGCCACCACCACCACUCCCAGCUUUCGUCCGUAGCCGCCAAAGGAGCCACGUAGCCGCUCCAUGCCCAACUGCCCAUGCCCGACGAAGGCGGCGUGGGGACAGGAAAGAGGAGCUUACCUCGCUUGGAAGCACAGCCCCCCUGUCGUGCUUUGCCUGUGCCCGAUGCCCUAGUGUGGGCGGGGGGCUGGGGCAGCUGCACUCGCUGGGGCAUUGCCCCGGGCUUCCUCUCCACUUCCCCCCGGCUGAGGUGGUGGGAGGGGAGCAAGCCCAGCAGGGCAGGGGGGACCUCCCCGGGCUGGGGUGAGGGCAGUGCUGCCCCCCGUGAGCAAGAGUGCACCUUGUGACGCCGUCGCUCUGUCGCUGGCCUGUGCCGCCUGCCCCGUGGCGGGUGAGCCGGCCCGCAGGAGCCACUUACUGCCGCGUGUGUUGUGUUCUCCGUGUGCACCCAAUGUACCAAAUAGUCUAACGAAUAAACUGUAGAGAGUG